AUAAACACUCUGCAACUCGAACUUUUACCGCGAGCUUCACUUUUCUCGCUCUGUGCGCGCAUUUUUUCGAUUCUCAUCACUCAGAUCCAAGACGUUAAUAGCUGUGAAAUAAGAUGGCAGACCCUCAGAAGAAGAAGAAUGUGAAGGAGAAAGAUCCUAUGCAAGAUCUGGAUAUUGGAGAUGAUUUCUUUUCUUGGAAAUCAAUUUCAAUGGGAGAGGGGGAUGGGCUGGAUUUCGACCUCACCCCAGUUUCUAAGGGCAAUAAAGAAACAUUUAAGUUUGACAAAGAGGAUAUGGAUUUUAAUUUGGACGCUGAUUUCGGAAAGAUGACGUCGUUCGAUUUGGAUAUGUCAGAUCUGGAUAUCUCACCACAAGAAAAAAGAGAAUCAAAAUCAAAGGAGAGGCCACAAGAAUCAUCCAGUGGAAAGAAUAAAGAAAAAACUGAUCGUUUCACUUUUGGAAUUGAUUUUGAUGAUGGGUUCGACGAUUUUGGUUUUGACUCAGUCCCAAGAAAAGAAGGUACAAAAGUUCAGAGUGACAAAAACAACAAAGAAAGUUCCCCAGAUUUCGGAUUUGACUCAAUCCCAAGAAAAGAAGGUACUAAAGUUCUGAGUGACAAAAACAACAAAGAAAGAUCCCCAGAUUUUGGUUUUGACUCAAUACCAAGAAAAGAAGGUACAAAAGUUCAGAGUGACAAGAACAACAAAGAACAUUCCCCAGAUGGAAGUGGCUGUCAAGAUAAGGAAAUAUCUACUUACAAAAAUGAAACUGGAAGUAAGAGUACUUCAAAAGGUGGCGUGCAAAAGCCAUCUUUUGACCUGGUUCUUGGACCCGCAAGGAAAAUUUGUCCUCCAAAGUUGGGAAUGGAUGACGGUGUUACUCAAGAACAUUUAGCUGGAGCUGAUGAAGUGAAAGGUCCUCUGGAGACAACAAUAUCCAGGGAAAUACCUGAUGUCAGUCCAUCUGAAAGGUUGGUUCUCCUAGAACAAGCUGAUCUUCAAGCUUGUACUGAAAAUGAUGUAACGCUGGACUUGUCAUCCGCUCCUCUAUCUAAGAAUGAGCCAAGUGGAUGUAAUUCAUCAGCUCUGGAGAAAAAGGUAGAUUCUGUGGAUGCAAGUAAGAGUGGCUCUCACGGAGUACAAGAUACUAACACUGCAUUGGUAGCUGUUUCAACAUUUGAUUACAAACAUGCAACAUCUAGAAACUCACAGCACCACCAAGCAGAUGCAAUCUCAGAGAACAUUGCUGAGACAAGUGUACAUGAUUCAUCAGUGGCAGAGAGCAAGCUCAGCUGUAUGGAUACAAAUGCUAGCAGCUUAAAUGGAGAACAAGAUGCUAAUAUAACAUCAGUUGUUGGUUCAACCUGUGAUUACAAACAUACAUCUAAAGCCUCACAGCACGAUCAGGCUGUUGUGUUCUCAGACAACAUCAAUGUCGAAAGGACUCUGGCUGGGAGCCAAAAUCUCGUUGAAGACGGUGGAGGAAGAGCUGAACUAGGUCAUACUAAUCCGCAAGUUGAAAUUCCAUGUACAACUGGUGCUUUAUCAGGGAUGCCCUGUGACAGUGAUGCACAAUCUAGCAAGGAGAAUCAGGAAUUUUCUUGUAAAAUGCUCAAGCCUUCAUUAACCAGUCAGCCAGCUAAUCAAUUGCAAAAGCCAAUUCAGAACAUAAAAGAGCCUCUUAUGAAAUUCCCACAACCUUCAGUUCAGUUAAAGAAACCUGAAUGUUCCAUCCCAAAGGCGUCAAUCCAGGCAACUUUGUCGUCAUUUACUAGUAAUCAUAUGAGCUCUGCUCUACCAAGUCUAGUUCAAGCAAGGAGUGGUGAUACGACUCAAAGUGAGAAAAAAUUAUCAUUGCAAUGUUCUAAAACACUACUGAGGGGGAUUAUUCCCCAGAUUCAGAGCCAGAAAAGCUGCAGUCCUCUAAAGAUUAAUGGUAUGGAAACCAAUCAUAACCCAGCAGAAAGCAGUGAAAAUCCAAAAUUAUUAGCAUCUAUACUGUCAAAUAAAAACACUCCUGUGCAAGUUGAUAGAACUUCUGCUAUCGAAGGUGGUAGGAAGCUCCCUGAUACACCUGCACUGAAACUCUCGAGACUAAGCAUUGAUUCGACAAAGCCACCAAUUUUGACAAAGAGCAGACCAGUUGAAAGCAGUAGUCAGAAAAGUGUUUCAGUUAGCAAAUCGCCACUUGGUACUGCUAAUCUUUGGGACAAGUGUAAGCCAAUGACUUCUACUCUAUCUGUGAAGCGGACACUAGAGGACGACACUGCAGAUACUAGUGCCCUCCAUCCAGCUAAACGCCUUUCGCCACAAGUACCUAGGAGCAGUGAAACGUGCAGGAGUUUCGUGGAAACAUCAGAAAAGGUUCUGGACAAAAAGUCACCCAUCAACCGCAUGAAAGAUGAUCGCAUCAAAAGCACGACCAGCAACUGCCAAGUUGUUCCACUUGUCAUCUCCCAUGAAUUCAAGACUAAAGGAUUAGAGAUAACAUCCUCGACAAGAGAUGAUAGCAAUAUUAAACUGGCGAAUGCUUACAGCAAGGAACUUGAUGAACUUUGCGAUCUCCUCAACAAGAAAAGUGAUGAAGCCAAAGAACUCCUGGCUCGAUCAGUAUUGAACAGCAAUAAGCUGAUGAUGCUCAAUGUUCCCCUGUUGGAGGAGAAGAUCCGUGCAACGCAGAAAUCGUUUGCCAGGUUAACACUCGGCAGCAACAAAGGUUGAAAUCAUCAACUUGGGCAGUUGUUUUUCAUAUGAAGGUAGCAGCAUUAUCAAUGACUUUGGAGAAACUGAAUCUGCUCUUACAUUUCAACGGCUUCGCACACAUGAGCGUGGUCUCAUCUCAUCGUUUGCAGUGGUACAAUAAUACACCUUCACUUUCAAGUAUCGAAAAAUACUUUGUUUCAUAAGACCAAUAGCGAUGCUCGGUAAAUAAAAAACAUAAUUGAAAUAAAUUAAUAUCUCAAUUUUGAAAAAUAAAUUUAAUAUUAUGAUUACAAAGAAAAAUAAAAGGACUAAAAAGCAUACAUUAUUUAAUUGGGACAUAAUUUGAAAAUUAAUAAAUUAGAACACGACAAUAUUCAAAUAAUGCUGUUCAGAAAAACAUAGUAAUUGAAAUAAAUGUUAUUGCAGUUAUGAAAAAAAGAAAAGAAAAUAGGACAAAAAGUAAAAUCCGACCUACCGGAUUCGAACCAGUGACCUAAGGAUAGCUCUGAACACACUACAGUCCUCCGCUCUACCAACUGAGCUAAGGUCGGACGUGAUAAUAUUUGUAUCAAAAAUUGAUAUAAAUAUGACUGAGGCCCAACUAGCAAACAUGUGUCUAGUACUCGAAGCCCAAUAAUGGCAUUGGGCCAUAUAUUUAUGUGAACUUUUCAAUACCAAAAUUUGGAGUUGCAUUAUAUAGUUAUUUGCCAAUUUAUAAACGUGACAAUAAAAGGGAAAAAAGGAACUAUCAAUGGCAAGAAAAUAAUAAUUUUCCCACGAAUUAAAAAUCUUAUCCUGCAAGUUGUCCAUUCUCCACGUCAGCAAGAGAGAGGAACAAAAAUUGAGAGAUGCCACCAAACAACCAAAACGACAUUUUGCAUAUUCUUGAGCCCACGUUUUUCUCUGCCUAUAUAUAUCCCCUCCUCCCAUUGAUAGAGCUUUCUUUUUUUCUCCCUCUCUCGCUUUGGCAACACAGUAAAGAUCUUUGUUAGAAAGCAAGUUUUGGAGAUUUUUGGAGUUGUUAUUCUACUUUGCUGGCUAUCAAUACUUGGGCAUACGCCGGAGCAGAUCACUAUUUCGAAUAAAGCUCCAGUGAUUCUUUGAUCCAGUUGUUGUACUCGGCACAACAUUGAACGAGCAG